AAUCCGAGGUCUUCCGAAAUUGUGAAAAUAUUUAUAUUUCGUGUAUUUAUAAAAAAUUACACCCAGUUGAAAACAUUCGCUGCGUGAGCCAUUACAUCAACUUGGCAAGUUGCCACCGUCACUUGCAACCCUCAUCGAAAGCACUUUGGAACUCUCCACGGUAAUGCUCUCGUCGGAAAUCUACACGAGCACAUCAACCACUGCAAUGGCCACAGCGAUGGCAAUGGCAUCAGCAACCGCCACCUCCACCUCCACGGCAGCCACAACGGCCACAACGGAAGCCUCCACCCUGCAUGUGCUGAGAGGCAAAAAGAGACGCAAACGUCGCAAACGCGCAGGACACGCAACCGGUUGUCACAACAGCAACCAGAGCUGCAGCAACAAUAACAAAAAAUCCGUAGGCACUAACCACAACAACCUAAGUAGCAACAACAAUGCUUGCAGUCCUCACAGCAAAGCCAUUAUUGGAUGUAUGACGGAGAGUUUGUCGUCUGGUAACAGGAAGUGCAAGGCACAAUACUUCCAACAUGAUAAUCGCGAGUAUAUAGCUAAAUAUGAGAGUUUCCAGUUUACGGCACAAGCGACAACUGCAGCAGCGCUUAACUAUGCAGCGGUGGCCAAGAAAUUUAAGCCAUUGAGGCCAGUUUUGGCAAGCGGCGCCAAGAAGAACAGGCGCCCAGCACUCUCCAGAAAGGAAGAGAGAGACUGCGCAUGCGUGUGCCAAGGUCCAGUGGGGACGCAAUGUCCGCAGAAGGAAUCACGAACAGCUGAUGUCUGCCAACGGGAACUGAGUGUGAUACGAGCCAACACGACCAACUCCGAUGCGUGCAAAAAAGUCAAUAUUAAUGGGAAUGGCAAUGGCAACGACAGAGCGCUGCCGGCGUUGCUCGAGCUUCUGAAACAAUCGUCAAGCACGUGGCUGCAGACAUUGCUUCUGGGCGCUGGCAGUGCAGCGGUUGCAAGCGUGCGUGAAACACAUCAAAUUGCCGAGGCACAGCAGCAGAAGAACGCAAAGUUGCGCGAGGCGUUUAACAUAUCCGAAUACUUUGUGGAGGGCAGCAGUUUCGAUUGUGAUCGCAAGGCCAAAGAGGAUCUGGCCAAGAGUGUGGCACUCCAAAAGGAGCUGGACGCGCAGCGCGAGAGCCUCGCCGCAGUGGCAGCUGCCGCAGGCAAAGACAAAGAGACGGGCAAACGAUAUGCGCUUCUGCGUACGCCAUCAAGGGAGCGCGAAGGGGCUCCAUCAGGUGGCAAGUCCGUUUCAGGGGCAGCCAACAGCGGUGAUGAGCAUGUCUCCAAGUCUGACAAAAAGAAGAAAAAGAAACGCGCAAGGGAGAGUUCGGCGAGUCCAGAGCGUCGAAAGGACAAAAAGAAAAAAUCGAAGAAGCAUAAGAAAGAGAGUAAGUCAAAAAGGAAGAAACUCCGCAAACGCAAACACAGCGGUAGUGAUAGCAUCGAUAGCGACAAGGACUCCGAUCAUGAUGACGAGGGCAACAGUAGCGAUGCGGAUCGUGAGUUGAAGAGUGCACGCAAAAAAGCCAAGAAGGAUAAGGAUAGCUUUCAAAGGCUCUCUUGUAGUUUUAAGAAACGUGACAAAAGGAUCAAGAAGAAAAAUCGAACACGUGCCAGUUCUACGGACUCGACACGUUCAAAUUCGCCAUCGCGCAAGGAUAAGAAGUCAGGUAAAUCCCGUGCUCCGGUUGCUGAAAAUGACACACCACGCGAAAAUCCCUUUCGCAGUCGUUCUCCGGAGCGACGCAAAGGCAGCAAAACGCGUCGCAAUGAAUCUUCUACAGAUAGAUCAAAGGUUCAACAGACUACAACAUGUACGCCACCCAGCCGUGAGGUGGAGCGGAAACUUUGGAAGGAGCGACCCAACGAGCGACAACGAUCCAAGGAGCGACAGCAUUCAACGGAGAGAAACUUCUCCAAGGAAAAGCAGCGUCCAAAGUCCAAAGACCGCGAAAGAUCUCGGGAACGCUAUAGAUCCAAGGAUCGUCCGAAACAGCGAAUACGAUCUAAGGAGCAGCGACGCUCCAGGGAAGGACAGACCAAGGAAAGAGCACGUUCUAAGGAGCGCCAGCGAUCGAAGGAAAGAUUGCGCUCUAAGGAACGUGUUCGUUCUCACGAAAGACAACGCUCAAAAGAACGACGUCGCUCUAAGGAAAGAGAUCGCUACAAAGAGCGACAAGUCCAAAUCCAUGGCGACGCCAAGGAUCGUUCCCAGCGUCAAAAACGCAGCAAAGAACGACCCAGCGAACAACGUUCCACUUCACGCAAUGUUGGGCAUUUUUCGCGCUCUCGGUCGCGCUCACAGAAGCCUUAUCAAAGGACAGCUUCACCCUCGCAACGGAGCCGUUCCAAAGAGGCGAAUCUGCCGAAGAAGUCAACGCUCGCAUUUAAUCCUUUCAAAGCGGCUGAAGACACGGUCAACGAUAUACUCGGCACCAAGUCAGUGAUGGUAGCACUUGAACAGACAAAGCGCAAGCGUACAAAAUCUAGCUCAAGCUCGGACUCCGGAAGCUCGGACUCCAUUUCGUCCAAUAGUGAAAGGGGCACGCCAACACCCAAGAAACAACUGCGACAAAGCCAAACGCCCGAGCAGCCAAAGUAUGAGCCCGGCAGCAAGAGCAGCAAGCAGCGUGAACGCUCAGAUACGCCAACUAAAUGUCGAUCGAGAAAUGAUGAGACGGAAAGAGAGCGGGAAAAGGAAAAGGGCAAUACGCCUAGUCCUCGACCCACCAGCUUAACGGAACAGGACGAUAAAAGACGACAGUCGAAGACCCAUGAUAUGUCGAAGCCAGCGCCUGUAGUGCGUCUGCGUGCCCAAAGUGAUGAUGGCAGCGAUGCUGAGACAAGCGGCGUGGCACUCGAAGAGUAUCAACAGAACACCAGGAAGGAACGCGAGGAACAACAGGAGCUGCGCAUGCUCGAACAGCUGAAGUCGGGUAUUGCAGCCAAGGCUAAGCAGAAGAUCAGAACGAUGGAGAAGAAUGGGGAUGGAAAGAAUGCCAACAAGAAAGGCAGCGAACCAUUAGUUGCGGCGCUAGCGGACAGCACGCUGGUAGAUGCCAUUGUCUCCAAGGUGUCUACCGCCACAGUUGCUGCCGCCGAGAGUGCAGCACGGCGCAGUCGCAGUCGCUCCAGGCGCAGCAGUCACAGUCGCGGCAAACGGCAUCAUCAUCGCUCUAACAGCCGUUCUCGAUCACGUUUUAGCUCAUCUAGCAGUCGCAGUUGUUCGGGCAGCUCAAGAUCUCGGUCCGGCUCACAUUCGUCCCGCUCCAGUUGCUCAUCGCGCAGCAGCUCAGGUAGCUCAUCCAGCAGCGGCUCUGGUACAUCACAGUCCGGCUCUCGAUCGCCAUCCAUACCACGACGCCGCGGAUCUCCUAGUUUUUUGGACAGACGUCGCAUUACAAGUGCGCGUAAGCGUCCUAUACCCUAUCACCACAAGACGAACGCAGAUGGUAUGACCAAUGGUGAAGCCGACAAUCAUGUAGACAAUGACGCUUCUAGCUGCUGCUCUAGCUGCUUUACCCGGGCCAGUUCACCAGGCACUCCUAUGGCCGAUACACAGAUGCACAACAGUCGCAGUCCUUCAGCGAUUCCUUUUUGAGCGUUAAGCGAAUCGUUGCGCCAUAUUCUUGGCAAUCUACCAUCAUAAGAAUCCACCACAAGAAACACUUAUAUUUCAUAAGCUAACAGUUGUGUUUGGUUAAAGACACUCCACUAAGUUGAACAAUUGAUUUAUCUAGGCCAUUCUUUAAAUUUAGUAGCAAAAUCAUCUAAUCUAGUCGUGACCAUGAUAUUAUUAUGUCAAUAAUACUCAAAAGUUGCGUUCUUAAAUAAAUAUAAAAUAUUUUUUGUUGCCAUUUCAAA